UGGUCGCACCCCUGACGUCAAGGAGUCGAGGAUGAAUUUUACGGAGGUCUCCAUGAAGAGUCUAACUCUGGCCGGGGGGAUGACGAACAGAACUAAGAGCACCAAUGCCUUGUGCAAGCAAGUGUCCGUGGCCGUUGAGGUGUUCCUCACCUUGGGUAUCAUCAGCCUGCUGGAAAACAUUCUGGUCAUCGCCGCCAUCAUUAAAAACAGGAACCUGCAUUCGCCCAUGUACUUCUUUGUCUGCAGCUUGGCGGUGGCGGACAUGUUGGUCAGCGUCUCCAAUGCGUGGGAGACCAUUGUGAUAAGUUUACUCAACCACAGGCACCUGGUGGUCAAGGACAGCUUUGUCAAGCAGGUGGACAAUGUGUUUGACUCCAUGAUCUGCACCUCUGUGGUGGCGUCCAUGUGCAGUCUCUUGGCCAUCGCCGUGGAUAGGUACAUCACCAUAUUUUACGCCCUGCGCUACCACCACAUCAUGAGCGUGAAGAGAGCGGCCUUCAUCAUAGCGGGCAUCUGGCUGCUAUGCACCAGCUGCGGCAUCAUCUUCAUCCUCUACUCCGAGAGUUCCACCGUCAUCAUCUGCCUCGUCACCUUCUUCGUCAUCAUGCUCCUCCUCAUGGCUUCCCUCUACAGCCACAUGUUCCUGCUGGCUCGCUCCCACGCUAAGCGCAUCGCCGCCAUGUCCAGCUACAACUCCGUCCACCAGCAGGCCAGCAUGAAAGGUGCCAUCACCCUGACCAUCCUGCUCGGUAUAUUCAUCAUCUGCUGGGCCCCCUUCUUCCUGCACCUCAUCCUCAUGAUCUCCUGCCCCGGCAACCUGUACUGCGUGUGCUUCAUGUCGCACUUUAACUUGUACCUGAUACUAAUCAUGUGCAACUCGAUCAUCGACCCGCUCAUCUACGCCUUCCGCAGUCAAGAAAUGCGGAAGACUUUCAAGGAGAUAAUUUGUUGCUCUGGGUUAAGGGCGGCCUGUAGACUCGCUGGUAAAUAA